AUGGUAGGAGAGCUGGAGGGUCUGCGGACUCUCUCUGUGUGUGUUGUUGACUCUCUUCUGUGUGUGUUGUUUCCAGUAAAGUACGAGAGGAUCAAGUUCCUGGUGAUCGCUCAGAAGAACGCAGUGGAGAUCUAUGCCUGGGCCCCCAAACCCUACCACAAGUUCAUGGCCUUCAAGUCGUUCACUGACCUGCAGCACCGCCCRCAGCUGGUUGACCUGACGGUGGAGGAGGGGCAGAGGUUAAAGGUCAUCUACGGCUCCAGCCUGGGCUUCCAUGUCAUCGACGUCGACUCUGGCAACCCUUACGACAUCUACGUSCCCUCACACAUUCAGACCCAGGUGACUCCCCAUGCCAUCGUGAUUCUUCCUAAGACAGACGGAAUGGAGAUGUUGUUGUGUUAUGAAGAUGAGGGAGUGUACGUCAAUACCUACGGACGCAUCACUAAAGACGUCGUGCUGCAGUGGGGAGAGAUGCCUACUUCUGUUGCCUAUAUCCACUCUAGCCAGAUCAUGGGCUGGGGGGAGAAGGCCAUAGAGAUCAGGUCUGUGGAGACAUAG